CCAGCAAAAGCGACUCCAGACGAGGCCGAUGGAGGAUCCCGACAACCGGACGGAAGUGGUCCUACUGGCCUGCGGCUCCUUUAAUCCCAUCACCAACAUGCACCUUCGGCUUUUCGAGCUGGCAAGGGAUCACCUGCAGGAGACAGGGAAAUACAAAGUGGUGAAAGGGAUCGUUUCCCCCGUGGGGGACGCCUAUCUGAAGAAGAGCCUGAUCAGCGCCCGUCACCGGGUGGCCAUGGCGAGACUCGCGACCGAAAACUCGGACUGGCUGGAAGUGGACGACUGGGAGAGCAGCCAGGCAGAGUGGCAAGAAACCAUCAAAGUCCUCAGGUAUCGGCCGGGCCCGGGCAUUCCCCCUCCUCUCCUGCAGGAAAGCCACGUGGUGGCUGUUUCUUCAACUCCUUCAGGCCUCCCCCAGCUGAAGAUGCUGUGUGGGACAGAUACUCUGGAGUCCUUUGCAGUGCCCAAUCUCUGGAAGCCGGAAGAUAUCCAGGAAAUCAUCUCCAAUCACGGCAUGGUUUGCGUUACCAGGCUGGGGAACGAGGCCCAGAAGUUUAUCUACGAGUCGGACACGCUGUGGAAGCACAAGGAGAACAUUGACCUGGUGGAGGAAUGGAUCACCAACGACAUCUCGGCCACCAAGAUCCGGCGAGCCCUCCGGAGGGGCCAGAGCAUACGGUACCUGGUGCCCGACUCGGUUCAGUCCUACAUCAAGCAGCAUAAUCUGUACACCGCAGAGACCGAAGACCAGAACGCGGGCGUGGUUUUAGCUCCUCUGCAGAGAUACGCCCGGGAGCCUGUCAAAAAUUGAUUGGCACGGGAACGGAGCGG